AUGGCUUCGGCUAUCACUUGGAAGCGCUUGCUUCCGCAUUUGUCGUCCUUCUUUGGGGGGUUUGUUAUGCCCAGCGAGCAUCGACAGGCUCAAAUGGCAGACGCGUGGGUUAACCACACAGGCGAGAGUAUUCGUGGGCUCGUGGACUCGAUUCCCAUUUUGGGACAUAUUGACGGAAUCGUUCACUUUGCCAUGGGUGAGACGGAAGAGGGUAUUCAUGCCGAAGAACAGGCAACUCGCACCAUUUUUGUGCUGGGUGGUGGUGCCCUGGGCGGUUCUGGGGGAGCAAUGGCUGGCGGAGCAUUAGCAGACGCUGGCCUCACUGGAAUCGAAAGUCUUCGCCACCAUCGUUAUGACCCUCAAGGUUAUUUCGCUGUCGGCACGAACAUCUAUCAUGAUUUCGACGACAUAAUUCACAGGCAAAACUUGACUGUAGAAGAUGUUGACAGAAGCCUUGACAAUCUCCAGGACGACCUCUUUGAUCUGCAGGUACUUGGACUUACCGAUGGUCUGCCCGCUGCUGGUACCAAGGGCAAGAUUUAUCGUGUUGAGGGUAAAAGCAUUGUCAAGGACGGCGACAAGUUCUUCGCGGGCGACAACCAGCGCAUCUUCAACUAUCAAGGCAAUGUCGUUGCUCGUGAGCAGCUGCCUGAUCUGAGACCCAUCGAAGAGCUUGCAAACAAACCUGGCCCUGAAAUACCCGAGGGUGACCCGACGCAAAAUGAAAUUCCUGGCAAAGGAAAGGGCAAGGGCAAGGGCAAGGGCAAAGGUCAAGGCAACCAGGGACCCGACAACCUCGAACAAGAGCUGAGAACAUUCAACCGAAUCGGUAUUGAUGGAAAGCUUUUCAAGGACAAUGGAAAAGUCAUUUUCCUCAACUUUGGACAAAGGGAUCGAAUGCUGGGAUACUAUGCCCAGAAACUUAUUGACCACAGGACCCUCGUCGAAAAGUAUCGAGCCACGUUGGAGGCAGAGCGACCUGGCGGAAGCAAGACGGCAGUAACCGAAAAGACGCACGAUAUUCGGGUGAAAUCAUUCAAGGUCAUGACGCGCGACCUCGAACAAACCGAAAAGGAUGCCAUCACCGAACAGGAAAAGAAGGUCUUCCGAGAUGCCGAAGCCAAAGUUAGAAAGGCAGAGGCCGCCGUCACCAAGGCACAGGCUCAGAUUGACAAAGCCGAAGGGCCCCAAGGAUCCAACCAGCCCGAUAUCGACAUUCAAAAGGCCAGGGCCGACCUCGAGGCAGCCAAAGCCGACCUGGAAAAGGCCAACGCAGAGUUCGAAAAGGCCCCCAAGGACAAGGGCGUCCUGGUAGUCGACGUCAAGGCCCCCCGACAGUACGGUCUUCAAAACUGGCGCUAUACGCCCAUCUUUGAAAAGGUAAUCCCGGGGACUGUCGACGUCAACACCCCGUGGAUCGCAUCGCUGCCAACACCAAUUCUAAAGCUCAUCCAUGACAAUCCCGUUGCGCUCGGAAAAAUUCUCACCUUCAAAUACGCGCGCACUGCCUCGGGCACCGGCGCACAGUCCGCAAAUCACUUAUUCCCCAAGAACCUGCAGUACGUCAAGCAAGACGACGAGAUUUCAAUGGAGGCCGUCACCCCUUCCAAGCUGCUUCACUGCCGCCACGUGAAGCAAAAGAUUCACUCCUUCCAGGACGGCAGCGACGACUGGAUCGAGCAUUACGAGUACUUGGUCAAGUUUGACGAAAACUCCGACCCCGAGUGGUAUCCCGCGGAUCUCAUCUCCCCCGAUCUCCGACAAAAAUUCUACGACGGCGUGGUCAAGUCCGCCAAGCCCAUUGCCAAUUUCAAAGGCGGCAAGGACGGCAAGCUGUUUGUCCAGUACGAAGACGGGACCGAGGGCACCGUCGACAACACCCAGGUUUUCUGGCAGGAGUUUGACCCCUCGGAGCAGGAGCAGCUUGACCCCCGCGAAAUCGACUCCAUCUUGUACCACGCCCAAAACACGGAUACCCGCUUCGACGGCCGGUUUCACCUCAAAAAGGACGACGAGUUCCCUCUAGCUAAUGGCGCGGGGGCGGUGGAGUGGAAGAGCGCGAGCGGCAAGCCCAUGUAUCUCGGGUCAGCUAUUGACUUUCACGGCACCGUCCAUCCUUGCAUGGUUGUCGCUGACGAGGUGCCGCAUUGUGUUGGGACGUUUGGCGGCCGGGCAGAGCCCCAUCAGGGCUCGUAUGAUCUGCUGCCUUUUAACCCUGAUAUCAUGGAGUGGGUGGACUCGUACGCGGGCCGGAUUCCAGAGGGUAGGGAGGGCGUCGUGGGCGGGUAUGAGAAUAACAGGCAGCCGCUUUACCAUGCGGUGACUAAUGUCAAUGGACAUUGGUGGGUUGGCAAAGCCGGACCUCAGUUUAACGGAUCUCUUGUGCCUGUCGGCGGCGAAGAGAUGGGUUCGGGGGAGAGUUAUAUAUUAGUUUGGAAAUAA